GACAGUAAACUCUGUUCCUCUGUGUUUGGUUUUUGUUGCUGUUCACAAACCAUUUCACUCUCUCUCUCUCUCUCUCUCUCUCUCUCUCUCUGCAAGUUUCUCUUCUUCUUCUUAAUCUGAAAACGGUGCGUGCAACCCCUUCACAAGACGAAUGCAACAAGAUGCCGAGAAUGGAGGACAUUCUAAACCUUCCAGUGCAAGACCCUCCUCUUCCUGAGUUCUCUGCUGCUCAUGUAAAUUGGGUGAAGUUACAAGGUGGUCGCCAUGGUGGUGAUGAUAUUGCUCUGAUUCCUUUUGCCAGGGUUGAUGAUUUUGUGAAAGGGGAAUCUUCCAAUCCUGAGUGUCCUGCUAGCUUCCGUGUAGAAUCAAGAAGGAAGAGACCGGUAGGAAGCGUAGCUAAACCGAGGGUUGACGGUUAUCUUGAGUAUACACUAUAUUGGUGUUCUUAUGGUCCUGAAGACUACCGAGAGAGUGACUUGAGUUUAGAGGAUGGCACAAGCACCAAACCUGCUUCAGGGAAGGGGAGCAGGCCAGGUAGGCGUCACAUGAUGAGAGGCUGCCUUUGUCAUUUCACGAUUAAAAGACUAUACACCAGACCCCUUCUUGCCCUGAUCAUAUAUAACCAAAGAAGGCAUGUUGAUAAAUCAGGGGCACCGUGCCAUGGAAUGCUCGACAGGGAUGCUGUAGGGACAAGAGCUAUGUAUGCUCCACGAAUUUCAGAUGAGUUACGGCAGAAAGUGAUGUCUAUGCUUUAUGUUGGAAUGUCUCUGGACAAUAUAAUACAGCAUCAUGCAGAGGUGAUGCAGAAGCAAGGCGGGCCACAAAACCGUGAUGAUUUUCUCACUCGAAAUGAUGUGCGCAACAUGGAAAGGACUAUUCGUAAUUCUUCACUUGAGCUACAGGGAAAUGAUGAAUACAGUGUAAAGACAUGGGUGCAGCGUAAUCAGAAGCAUGUUUUUUAUUUCCAAGAUAACUCGGGUUCAGAAUCUCUUGUUUUAGGUAUUCAGACAGAUUGGCAGCUGCAGCAAAUGCUUCGUUAUGGAAGCAAUGGCUUCAUUUGUUUUCAUUCAAAAUUUGGCUUGAAGAAGCUUAAGCACCCCGUAUGCUCUUUACUUGUUUUCGAUUCAUCUCAAAAUGCAAUUCCAGUUGCUUGGAUCAUCGCUUCAUCUUUUGUUGGUAAAGAUAUUCAUAAGUGGAUAGUAUUGCUAUCUGAAAGAUUACGAGCCAAGGAUCCCAGAUGGCGGCCUAAUGCUAUUUUGUUGGAUGAUCCAUCUUUUAACUAUUCUAUCAUAAGAGAGGCCUUCCAGUGUCGCAUCCUACUAUGUGCCUGGCAUGUUCGCCGUGCUUGGAUAAAAAAACUUUUCAAGAAAUGCUGCAACUUUGAGGUACAACGGGAGAUGUUUAGGCACUUGGGAUGGAUUCUGUACUCUACGAGAUGUGGACCAAAUGCCAUGGAUGCAGUUGAAGAGCUUAUGCAGAUUUUUGUCGACCAGUGUGCCUUCAUGGACUAUUUCAAGAGUCAAUGGUUACCUAUUAUAGAUAUGUGGAUUAGUGGCAUUAAGUCACUCCCUGCGACGACUCCUGAGCCACAUGCUGCAAUAGAAUCCUAUCACCUAAGACUAAAAUCCACGCUUUUGAAGGCGAAUUAUGCUAAUUUCUGGUCUAGAGCUGACUGGUUAAUCCACACUUUAACUACUGAAUUUCACUCAUUAUACUGGCUAGAUCAGUACAGUUUAGAAACUGGUUAUCUUGAGAAUCUACGAGCUGACUCUUUCUCCACUAAUGCUUGGUAUCAUGCUCUUCAUAUUCCAGAUGUUGAUGUGGUACUGGAUGAGCAAAAUCUCAAUCUUGCCAAAGUUUUAUCCCAGACUGACCGAAGCUUGGUCUACACAGUUUGGAAUCCUGGUUCAGAAUUUUCACUUUGUGAUUGUUCCUGGUCUAGGCUGGGAAACCUGUGUAAACAUGUCAUCAAGGUGGCAACUUUCUGUAGAAGUCAGCAGGUUGCAAGACCAUUAUUGUCUGCUCAAGUUUAUAAACAAGCUUUGCUCACCCUUCUCCAUAAUCCUCCGGAUGAUCCCUUAGUUCUUGAUCAUACCGUUCUACAUGUGGCCCGUUUGCAACAAGACAUUAAAGCCCUGGAAGACUUGUCAAAUAGUGGAUUACUCCAGCCUGUAGUCCCUGAUUUAAGUUCUCAAAUGGCUGAUAAUCCUCUGCUUUUUCAGCGCUUCCCAUGACUGGCCUUGUUUGAAAGGAGGCCUAUGGUCAGUUUAAAGGACACUUCAUUGCUUAUUCAUUUGAGACUACUUUCGUCCAGCAGUCAAUUUGGAAGCAUUUGAAAGGAUAUAUUUUUGCUUUUAAGAAGGUUGCACAACUAUUGAGUUCAUAAAACCGCAACACCCUGCUCAGAGAAUGUAGGUGGAGUUUGACCUAUGGUUAUAUUUGAGGCUAUUUGAGGUUUUUGGUGGCUUCUCCGUAGUAUAUUUGAGGCUGGGAUCACGUUGAGCUGCAGUGCUCGGGAGUUUGAUCCAUUGUUUUCGUAUCAGCUUGCAGAAGAUAAUUACAAGAAUUGGAGGUAUUUAAAGUCUUACACUUUGUGCUGAAAAUGCCAUUCAACUUGACAACUUAUGAACUAGACAGUUAUGGUCUCUUGGUGGAGGAUCCUCUGGUGACAAAUCAUUUGUGGGAUGCCAAGUAAUAAAAGGUGCAUAGGCAAUGAGCCAAUCCGACCUCUUAAAAGUUCAACAAGAGCAUCAUCAGAAGAGCUAUUGCUAUCUCAAAAAGGAGCUGUUGUCCGAUAAGAUUUCCACAGUUGAGCUAUCAACCACUUGAAUAGCUGAGUGAGAUAAACUGAAAGCUCAAGUCAGGACACUAUAUAUGUUUCUUUCUUUCCAUCCGGGGGGGUAGACCACUCAAUGCGUGCUAGUUGCAUUGGUUAAAAGUGGUUGUUUGAAUCUCUAAGUUCAAAGUUUGAUCCUUAGGAGCCCGUUUUUAGGGGAUCAUUUGGUCACCACACCUUGAAAUUACGAGACCAAUUUAGUACACAAAAUAAAGGAGUAGUCUCAUUUGGGGAUUAGGCAUAUCAAGGACACUUGUGUUCCUUGAUCACAUAUCCUGAAUUCCUGACCUUUCCUUUGCUUUUUUUUUAUUUUGUUUUGUUUUUGUCAAAAUUUGUCCUUUACUAAUGAUGAAUGAAUAGUAUCCGCAUGCUUUGCGUAGCGAAUUUGUGUGUUAUAGCAGCUUGUAACGUGACACAUUAAGGAAAAUUAGAUGUUUUACCCACUAAUAUAUUCGGUGAAUUAAAUGAUGAAGAUGAGAACAUAAAUAUAUUAGUACUAACCUCACAAUGAUUGAUCCUUUAAUUAAUACUAGUAUGAUUGUAUUUAUGAGAGACGUCAUUGUCACAAAACACAUUAUGGAGAAGAUGAUACACAAAACUUUCCACAUGGCAAAAUUAGAUUUCCAACCUCAUCAAGAUAGAUUCAAGACGCUAAGCAAUCAUGUUGAUUAUUACUACUACUAUAUCAAUAGUCAAACAUCAAUUAGAGAAGUAAUCAUUAUGCAACAGCCCAAGUGCAGCCACAUAUUCUCAAAAUAUCUCACAUGGUAAAAUUCAAUGAACUUUCCUCUUGUUAAUUAAUUAAAUUAAUAAUUAAAAGUGAUAAGUAUUGAAAUGAAUGGUUAAUAUAUUAAAGCAAGUGAACAAUAACAUAACUUAACACACUAUGGUUGUUUGUUUCUUCCCACGAAAGAAAGACAAACCGACCAAGCCUAGUUUGACCCUAUGGACGGUGAAACAAGAGAUGUGGUGGUGACACGUAGCAGAAGCACCUGGCACGUGUCUUUUAGAUUCAUGUGUGAGUGAGGGCAAUUUUGGAAUUAUAUGCAAAGAGGGAGCUAUAAAUAGCAUCGACUUUUGUGGUGUUUGAUUUCCCUUGUGAUCCUUCUCCGAAUCUACUCAACCGGGUCACGGAAGGUUCGAAUCGGAGCUCCGAGAAAUAAGACCCGCCGCCGCGGUUUCUAUUUUUUUUUGGGAAUUGGAUCGCCCAGCACCCCCCCUUCUAGAAAGUUCGUUGUUCCGACACAAUUUUUCUUGCUUGUGUUGUGUUUGAAUCAGCAUCAUCUAUCUACUCUUUUGAUUCUUUUGCUUGUUGCAGUGUCUUGUUUGGUUCUGUUUUGUCACUGUAAGUGUUUUUGAGCUGCAUGUUUGUUGAUGAUCAAGUUUAAAUGUUAAACGUUGCGAUUGUUGCUCUUGCGGUUGCUGAAUGUGUUUUGCUUGUAAACUUUAAUAUAAUAUUUAUAUGUCGUGAUUAGUGAUUCUAAUCUUUGUGUUAGUUACAAAAUUUCUAAUAUUUAUCAAAAUAUCUACGCAGGACAUAUUUACUAUUU